UGCGCACAGACGGAGCCAUCCGAGCCUGUCAGAGUUGCUUGCAGCGGGUGUCAGGCGACCAUGGAGCCCCAGCGUCUCCCCGGCUUUCCCUCUCCAGGCCAGCCCACGGGCGGACAGAAACACUAACCACCUGCAUGCGAAGUGGGAGCGAGCAGAGAAACCGGAGAGUUGCUCCUUUGCGUUAUUAUCACCUUUCUUUCUUUCUUUCUCUCUCCGUUCGAGCGUUGCGCGUCUUACCGGAGCGCUCCGCCAUCCAUGCCGGGGGCGCAGCGCUGUGUCUGGGGCUGCUCCGUGGUCUCAUCCUCGCCUUGGAUCUUUCAGAUGUUUUAGAGCUCCUGCGCACCCAACGUUUGGCUGCUAAAACCGGAUCACUUUUGGAUUCCCCUCCCCAAAGGGAUUAUGAUUUUCUCCGACAUGAGUACGGGGACCAACUCCCCAAAGGUGCACCCACCGAACGGGACAAGAUUUUACACAUUCCAGGAGUUUGCGGCGCUGACCAAGGAGCUGAACGCCUGCAGAGAGCAACUGCUGGAGAAGGAGGAGGAGAUCUCUGAGCUCAAGGCUGAGAGGAACAACACCAGGCUACUGCUAGAGCAUCUAGAGUGCCUGGUGUCCAGACAUGAGCGGUCACUUCGUAUGACAGUGGUGAAGCGGCAGGCCCAGUCACCCUCGGGAGUCUCCAGUGAGGUUGAGGUCCUCAAAGCCCUUAAGUCCUUGUUUGAACACCAUAAAGCUCUAGAUGAAAAGGUGAGAGAGAGGCUACGGGUAUCACUGGAGAGAGUCUCAGCCUUGGAGGAGGAGCUCACAGCAGCCAAUCAGGAGAUUGUGGCCUUACGGGAGCAGAAUGCCCACAUCCAGAGGAAAGUGGCAUCAGGGGAUGGAGGAGAGGACAUUCUGGAGGGCAGUGAAGCUCAGCAAAAGGUCCAUGGGAAGCGUCUGCCCAACGGCUCUCUGGAGACGGCCCAUGAGGCGAGCCAGGUGGUGGAGCUGCAGGACCUGCUGGAGAAGCAGAACUAUGAACUGGCCCAGAUGAAGGAGCGCAUGUCCUCCCUCUCCUCCCGAGUCUCCGAGGUGGAACAAGAGCUCGAGACCGCCCGCAAGGACCUCAUCAAGUCAGAGGAGAUGAACAACAAGUACCAGAGGGACAUCAAAGAGGCCAUGUGUCAGAAAGAGGACAUGGAGGAGCGGAUUGUCACGCUGGAGAAGCGCUACCUGAGUGCCCAACGAGAGUCCACCUCCCUGCACGACAUCAGUGACAAACUGGAGAACGAGUUGGCCAAUAAGGAGGCGUUUCUCAGACAGAUGGAAGAGAAGAACAGGCAGCUACAGGAGAGGCUGGAGCUUGCAGAGCAGAAGCUACAGCAAACCAUGAGGAAGGCUGAGACGCUGCCGGAGGUAGAAGCCGAACUGGCCCAGAGGAUAGCAGCCCUCACCAAGGCGGAGGAGCGCCACGGAAGCAUUGAGGAGCGAAUGAGGCACCUGGAAGGCCAGCUGGAGGAGAAGAACCAGGAGCUGCUAAGGGCUCGACAGAGAGAAAAGAUGAACGAAGAGCACAAUAAGCGACUGUCGGACACGGUGGACAGGCUCCUCACAGAAUCCAAUGAGCGUCUUCAGCUGCACCUGAAGGAGAGAAUGGCAGCUCUAGAGGAGAAGAACAUGUUAAUUCAAGACUCGGAAGGUUACAGAAAACAGUACGAGGAGUCAAUCCAUGAAAAAACUCACCUGGCAGAGGAGAUCGAGAAACUGAGAUCAGAGCUGGACCAAUUCAGAAUGAGGGCAGGCUCCCUCACAGAACCCACUCUGUCACGGUCUCACCUGGACACGUCAGCGGAGCUUCGAUUCUCCCUGGGAUCGCUGGCUGAAACCCAGUCAGACCACUACAGAUCGGCCAAGGUCAUCCGCCGGCCAAGGAGAGGCCGGAUGGGCCUACGAGAAACCAAGGCUAAAUCACUUGGGGAGCAUGAAUGGCGUUCACAGCAGCUAGGGGUCCUUGGGGGCCACCCCUUUGAGAGUGACACGGAGAUGUCUGACAUCGAUGAUGACGACCGGGAGACGUUGUUCAGCUCCAUGGACCUGCUUUCCCCCGGCGGCCACUCUGACGCACAAACCCUGGCCAUGAUGCUGCAGGAGCAACUGGACGCCAUCAACAAGGAAAUACGGCUGAUACAAGAAGAGAAGGAGUCAACAGAGCUGCGGGCGGAGGAGAUUGAGAACCGUGUGGCCAGCGUUAGCCUGGAGGGCCUCAACCUGGCCCGCAUGCACCACCAUGGAGCCUCCAUCACUGCCUCGGCCACCGCCUCAUCCCUGGCCUCAUCCUCCCCACCCAGCGGACACUCCACCCCCAAACUGGACCCGCGCAGCCCCGCCCGAGACAUGGAGCGCAUGGGGGUCAUGACACUGCCGAGUGAUCUGAGGAAACACAGGAGAAAGAUAGCAGCGGUGGAUGAGGACGGCCGUGAGGACAAGGCCACCAUCAAGUGUGAGACGUCUCCUCCUCCAACACCUCGAACUGUCCGAAUGACACACACACUGCCUGCCUCAUCGCACAAUGACGCACGGGGGAUCGCUGCCUCCCUGGAGGCUGAGGCCAGCGCUCUGAGUAGUGUAGCCAGCAGCCAGGACUCCCUCCACAAGCAGCCGAAGAAGAAAGGCAUCAAGUCCUCCAUUGGACGGCUGUUUGGCAAGAAGGAGAAAGGCCGGCUGGCUCACCUGGCACACAGACAGGUCAUGUUGGAUCCACAAGUGACCAUGAUGGACCCAGACAUGGUGGGCCAGGACAUGGGGGUGGGCAAGCUGGGAACUCAGGCAGAGAAGGACCGCAGGUUGAAAAAGAAACACGAGCUGCUGGAGGAGGCCAGGAGAAAGGGCUUACCAUUUGCCCAAUGGGACGGCCCCACGGUCGUAGCCUGGCUAGAGCUGUGGUUGGGGAUGCCGGCCUGGUAUGUGGCGGCGUGCCGUGCCAACGUGAAGAGCGGUGCCAUCAUGUCGGCCCUGUCUGACACCGAGAUCCAGAGGGAGAUCGGCAUCAGCAACCCUCUGCACCGGCUCAAACUUCGCCUGGCCAUCCAGGAGAUGGUCUCCCUCACCAGCCCCUCUGCCCCGCCCACCACCAGAACCCCGUCAGGCAAUGUAUGGGUGACCCAUGAGGAGAUGGAGACCCUGGCGGCCCCCUCCAAAACGAAAUCAGAGUCUGAGGAGGGAAGCUGGGCACAGACUCUAGCUUAUGGCGAUAUGAACCAUGAGUGGAUAGGGAACGAGUGGCUGCCCAGUCUAGGACUACCUCAGUACCGCAGCUACUUCAUGGAGUGCCUGGUGGAUGCCCGCAUGCUGGACCACCUCACCAAGAAGGACCUAAGGGUGCACCUGAAAAUGGUGGACAGCUUCCACAGAACGAGUUUACAGUAUGGAAUCAUGUGUCUGAAGAAGCUCAACUACGACAGGAAGGAGCUGGAGAGACGCAGGGAGCACAGCCAGCAUGAAAUGAGAGACGUGCUGGUGUGGAGUAAUGAGCGGGUGAUCCGCUGGGUGCAGAGCAUAGGCCUGCGGGACUAUGCCAACAUCCUGUUGGAGAGCGGUGUACACGGAGCCCUGGUCGCCCUGGAUGAUAACUUUGACUACAGCAGCUUGGCCCUGCUCCUCCAGAUCCCCAACCAAAACACUCAGGCACGUCAGAUUCUGGAGCGAGAGUACAAUAAUCUACUGGCACUGGGCACUGAGAGACGACUGGAUGAGUGCGAUGACAAAGACUUCCGGGGUCCGUCGUGGAGGAGGCAGUUCCCACCGCGGGACGUCCACGGUAUCAGUAUGAUGCCUGGAUCAGCAGAGACGCUCCCUGCUGGCUUCCGCCUCACCACCACGUCCGGUCACUCCCGGAGACUUCCCCCUGAGGUCCUCUAUGAGACGCUGGAUGACAGUCCUGACGACAUGUAUUUGGAUUGGUUUCAAGUCGGACCCUCAGCGGUGCAGCGUCUGGACAGCUCCACGGUGAGAACCUACUCCUGCUGAGAGGAGGAAGAGAGGGACCUCAAAACUGUAUGCUGUCCAGUUUUAAACAGAGCCUAACCGGUGGAGCUGCUGGACGGGCCAACCUGCCUAGGAACAAACUAUUCUGACGACACGCACUGCCAAGAAGCCCUGCCCUACACCCCCUCCCUCACCCCGGCCCCUUGCCCUGACGCCCCAGAAACCAAGAGAGCAGGCUGGGAUGAUCUAGUUAGGGCUACCUCCUGCCCCGCCCCGCCCACUCCCUCCCUCCCUCCCUCCUUUACCUCUUUACAAGCCAAGUCCCCCACCUCCCUCCCUCCUCUAUGACGUGGGCACCAGAAGCCGGUGCUAUAUUGUCCUGCAGGCUGCCCUGUUGUCACCAUUUCUACCUUUUACAUGUACAGUAACUUGUCGAAGCAUAACGUACUGUGUAUUUCUUCUACAGCAGAUGUGUAGGUUAUCUGUAAAUUAAUAUAAAUAUACCAUUUUUUUAAAUAUAUACACACACAUCUAUGUAUAAAAAAUAUUCAGAGUUUGUGCAAAAAAAAAAAAACAAAACAAACAAAUGCCCUUGCCUCCUCAUGUAGUGGUCCAUAGAUUAAAAUAUGCUGCUCUUUGGACAGUCUCCAUAUUACCCCUUCCCCCAAGAUCAUUUUGUACAUACGGUUUUAUUUUUUCAUUGUGCUGCUGCUGAUGAUGAUGAUGAUGAACCUGUGCUGCACCAUGGAGAGAGGAAGUGACUGUGGAUGUUGUGUGAACAUGUCGAGACCCAGCUCUGAAAGCCCGCCCUCUAGUGGUGGAAACCCCCCCCCCCCCCCGCACUGAGCCCCACACGAUUCUAGCACAAACCAACUCCACAAACUCCCUUUCUUACAGACCCUGCCGUCCUAAAAAGGAGCAUUCUGGGAGGACGCAGCCACAAACUGUGCCCCCCUAGAGACUUGACAAGCACUUUGAUACAACCACAUCAACUCAACGGACUUCUUGGUGGCCAAGGACGAAGACGCCACCGCUCUCAGAAGCUGCACAAAACAUCCCCCUCAGAGAACAAAAAAAAAAGAAAAAAAAAACAAAGGCAGGAUGU